CAAAAAAAGAAAAGAUAAAUAACAGAAGACAAUUUCACAAUUUACAAACAGGUCCUUCUUCCUUCACACAUACCUACACACUCAUUUAAUCAAUCUAGGGUUUUCAGUUUCCACAUUCUCCUCACUCUAGGGUUUCUCAUUCUCCCUCUAAUCACCACCAAUGGCAACAAUCGCAGCACCCCAACACCGAUCCUCCAAAACCGAAUCCUAUGUCGACAACAAGCGCAAAGAAGAUGUUCGUCACGCCAACAUCAUCGCAGCACGUUCAGUCGCCAACGCCGUUCGCACCAGUCUCGGCCCUAAAGGAAUGGACAAAAUGAUUUCCACUUCCUCCAAUGAAGUCAUCAUCACCAACGACGGCGCCACCAUCCUCAACAAAAUGAAAGUCCUUCAACCCGCCGCUAAAAUGCUCGUUGAACUUUCUAAAUCUCAAGACUCCGCUGCUGGUGACGGUACCACCACCGUCGUCGUCAUCGCCGGCGCACUUCUCGAAAAAUGUCUCCUCCUUCUCUCUCACGGUAUUCAUCCCACUGUUGUUUCCGAUUCUCUUCACAAAGCCUCCGUUAAAGCUGUCGACGUUCUCACCGCCAUGGCUGUUCCGGUUGAACUCUCCGAUCGCGAUUCUCUCGUUAAAUCCGCUAGUACUUCAUUGAACAGCAAGGUUGUGAGUCAGUACUCCUCGCUCCUCGCUCCACUGGCCGUCGACUCCGUCUUAUCCGUCGUGGACCCCGCCCAGCCGGAAAUGGUCGAUCUUCGGGAUGUUAAGAUCGUUAAAAAGCUUGGUGGAACCGUCGACGACACGGAGCUUGUUAAUGGUUUGGUUUUUGAUAAGAAGGUUAGCCAUGCUGCUGGUGGACCCACCCGAAUGGAGAAUGCAAAGAUUGCUGUGAUUCAGUUUCAGAUUUCACCUCCGAAAACCGACAUUGAACAGAGUAUUGUGGUGAGUGAUUACGCCCAAAUGGAUAGGAUUUUGAAGGAAGAGAGGAGUUAUAUUCUAGGUAUGAUUAAGAAGAUUAAGGCAACUGGUUGUAAUGUGUUGUUGAUUCAGAAGAGUAUUUUGAGAGAUGCUGUUACUGAUUUGUCUUUGCAUUACCUUGCUAAAGCUAAGAUAUUGGUGAUUAAAGAUGUUGAGAGAGAUGAAAUUGAGUUCAUUAUAAAGACUCUUAAUUGUUUGCCGAUUGCAAAUAUCGAGCAUUUUCGUGCUGAGAAGUUGGGUUAUGCUGAUCUUGUGGAAGAGGUUUCUCUUGGUGAUGGGAAGAUUGUGAAGAUUUCUGGUAUUAAGGAUAUGGGAAAGACCACAACUGUGCUUGUCCGUGGAUCGAAUUUGUUAGUGCUCGAUGAAGCCGAGCGUAGUUUGCAUGAUGCUUUGUGUGUUGUUAGGUGUUUGGUUGCCAAGAGGUUUUUGAUUGCAGGUGGUGGUGCCCCAGAGAUUGAGUUGUCGAGACAAUUGGGUGCAUGGGCUAAGGUGUUGCAUGGAAUGGAGGGUUAUUGUAUUCGAGCUUUUGCUGAGGCGCUUGAAGUUGUUCCUUAUACUCUUGCUGAGAAUGCAGGUUUGAACCCGAUUGCGAUUGUUACUGAGCUGAGGAAUCGUCAUGCCAAUGGUGAGAUAAAUACUGGAAUCAAUGUUAGGAAAGGUCAGAUUACAAACAUCCUCGAAGAGAAUGUGGUGCAGCCGUUGCUAGUAAGCACAAGUGCUAUCACCUUGGCAACAGAGUGUGUGCGGAUGAUUUUGAAGAUUGAUGAUAUUGUAACUGUGAGGUAGAGUUUAUUUGACAGUGACCAAAUUUUGGAGAAAAACUACUGAAUCAUCAUAUUAUGAUGUCAUUACCUUAAUUUUAAGUUGCCAGUUUAUGUUCAGUUUACUGAUUUUGGUCAAUCGAUUUUAAUUUUGGCUGCUGCUUUUAUUUACAAAUUUGGUUGUCCUCGCGGUUUUUUAUGCUUGUUGCAGUCAUCCGAUUUUUAAGCACUUGUCAAUUUGUAUUGGGAGUUUAUCAAUAGUUGAUUAUUUUUUCUGAGCACCA